GUCCCCGGCCGGGCCAGUGCGGAGCAAGAUGGCGGAGCGGGAGGACGGGGCGGAGCUGCGGCUCAAGUACUCGCGGGCCGUCAACCUGUCCGAGGUGGAGUCCAAGCGCGACCCGGAGAACGAGCCCUACCGCUCCAAGUACGCGGCCCGGGAGCUGCUGAAGGAGAUGAAGGCGGGGCAGCGGGCGCCGGCCGACGAGGAGCGCGGCGCCGACGGCCUCUGGCUGCAGAGGCUCGGGGUGUUGGAGCUGCAGCUCGGCCUCAACCACGCCGAGACCGAGGAGCUGUCGGCCGGCGAGGAGCACCUGGCCAAGUGCGUGCGGCUGCUGGAGGCCUUCAAACUCUGCCCCGAGACCGUGUCCGUCUUCAUUCAGGCCGAGAAUCAGUUGGGUAUUCUGUGGGCAGGACUGGAAGAAAUGGAAAAGGCCAAGACCUAUCUCGAAGAUGCUGAAGCACUUUACAACCAGUACACAAAAGAGAUCGGAACACCACCAUGGGAUACUCAUGAACACUUCUUGGCAGAAGAGGAUAGACUAAGUGAACAGGAGAGGCAGAAAAGGUUUGAGAAGGUGUACACUCACACUUUGUAUUAUCUGGCACAAGUCUACAAACACUUGGAUAUGAUUGAGAAGGCGGCCUGGUACUGUCACACCACCCUGCAACGCCAGCUGCAGUUCACCCACUACAACCCCGUGGAGUGGGCGAUCAACGCUGCCACCCUGUCACAGUAUUACAUCACCGAGAAGCGUUACAUGGAGGGACGCCUAUGUCUUGCUGCUUCCAACGUGAUCUUCAACCAGGCGGGAGCAGUGUCAUCAGAAUCUGCAGCAGAGGAAAGCGAAGAGGAGAGGGAUCGCCGCGACCAGCUCCAGCAGAAGAAGGCAGAAAUAGCACGGUGUUGGAUAAAGUACUGUCUCAACCUGCUGCAGGACUCGCGCAAGCUGCUUGAGAACGACAUAGGCGAUCUGGACUGGGACCGGCAGGAAGAGUUGAAAAGCCAGCUGAAGAAGGAGGAGGAGGAGAAGGAGCAGGGGAGGAAGAGCGCGGUGCUGUUCGGAUCUAGCGACACCUUCGACCUGAUCCAGUCGGUCGAGGAGAAGGUGAGCUGCACAUACGCGGCGGACUUCACCAGAGCGCGCGCCGUGUUCCUGGUCGGGCAGGGCUACGUGCAGGACGCCAAGGAGUUCUUCCAGCUGGACGACCACGUGACGGACCACAUCGAGGUGGUGCAGGACCACAGCUCGCUCUUUAAGGCCCUCGCCUUCUUUGAGGAGAACUUGGAGAGGCGCUGCAAGAUGCACAAGCGACGGGUGGACAUGCUGAGCGCCGUCUACACGGAGCUGAACCCUCAGUACUACCUGCUGGUCUGCAGGCAGCUUCAGUUUGAGAUGGGGGACACGUUCUACGAGAUGAUGGAGCUGAAGGUCUCCAUCGCCAACCAGCUGGACGAGCUGGACAGCCACAACGUGAAGAAAAUCAACCUCCUGGCCCAGGCGGCGAUCGCCCACUACACCCUGUUCCUCGACUCGCUGCGGGACUCGGAGAGGAAGUUCCCCGCCACGCUGGAGAGCGACGUGCUGAGGCCGGCGCUGGUGGCCAAGUUCCGCGUGGGGUGGCUGCACGGCAAGGUGAUCACCUCGGACCCCCAGCAGCAGCUGGACAACCUGCAGCUCUCCCUGGACUGCUACAGCUUCGUGGCGGACUACUGCGCCGGACACCCCGAGGCAGCCACCGCCAUGGAGCCCGAGCUGGAGCUGUGCGUGGAGAUGGCCGCCCUCUUGCCCACCAGGAUGGCGGCGAUGCGUACUAAGAUGGCCGCCUUCAACGAGUGAUGCUCCGCUCCCCGCAGCCUCAGGGAAAGGGGGGAGUCCCCGUGAAACCGGGGGCGAAGGGGACCCGGUGAGUCUGGGGGUGGGGGUCGCAGUGA